AUCAGUGUCACACCACGACCCGCCAGCCGGACCGCCACUUGCCAACCAACGCCUUUCCCUCCUCCUCCGCCUCCGGGCGCUAGCGGGAAUGGACGCCGCCGAGCUGCCCCUCGUCUACCACAUCGGUCUGGUGCUGGCCGCGCUCUGGGCCGCCGCCGCCGUCGGCUUCCGCGGCUCCCUCCUCUACCUCCUCGCCUUCCUCUACCUCUACAUGGUAAAUGCUCGCUGUGCAGUGAGACUGCGGAAGAGGAUACAACAUGAAGAGAUGAAAUCUGCCUACCAACGAAGGCUCCUCUCUGAUGCAGAAUCAGCACGCUGGUUAAACCAUGCAAUCGACAAGAUGUGGCCUGUCUGUAUGGAGAAGAUCGUUUCAAAACUUCUACGGCCCAUCAUACCAUGGUUCUUGGAUAAGUUCAAACCUUGGACAGUCAGCAAAGCAAGUAUUCAGGAACUUUACAUGGGCAGGAAUCCACCAAUCUUUACCUCCAUGAGAGUUCUACCAGAGACAUCAGAUGAUGACCAUUUGGUUCUUGAGCUGGGAUUGAAUUUUCUUUCUGCUGAAGAUAUGAGUGCUGUACUUGCUAUGCAGCUGCACAAGAGUGUGGGACUUGGAAUGACUGCAAAGAUGCAUUUAACAAGCAUGCAUGUCGAGGGAAAGAUAUUAGUUGGUGUGAAAUUUGUUCGGAGUUGGCCAUUUCUUGGCCGUGUAAGACUAUGUUUUGUGGAGCCACCUUAUUUUCAGAUGGCUGUGAAACCACUCAUUAAUCACGGGCUCGAUGUCACUGAGUUUCCAGGAAUUUCAGGAUGGCUGGAUAAGUUGAUGGAUACUGCAUUUGGGCAGACAUUAGUUGAGCCCAAUGUGAUAGUAAUAAAUGUGGAAAAAUUUGCAUCUACUCCUUCAGAAAAUAACUGGUUCAGCAUUGAGGAGAGACCUCCUAUUGCAUAUGUGAAGCUUGAGAUUCUAGAAGGAACUGACAUGAAGCCAUCUGAUAUAAAUGGACUAGCGGACCCAUAUGUGAAAGGUCACCUUGGUCCUUUCAAAUUCCAAACACAGAUACAGAGGAAAACAUUGUCCCCUAAGUGGUUUGAAGAAUUUAAAAUACCAAUCACAUCAUGGGAGGCAACGAAUGAACUUGUCAUGGAAGUUCGUGAUAAGGACCCCAUGUUUGAUGACUCACUUGGGCAAUGUACCAUUAGUUUACAUGAUCUGAGAGGUGGACAAAGACAUGACAAAUGGAUAUCACUGAAUAAUGUGAAGAAAGGAAGGAUUCACUUGGCAGUAACAAUUGAUGAUAUAUCCGAGGACCAAAAUACAUCAAGUUUGGACCAAUCAUUGAAGCAAGCGGAUACUGAACUACCAGUAUCAACAUCUGUUUGUAGCGAAGUGGAUGCUAGUGAACCUCCUGAAGAAAAGAAAGUCUUAAUGGAUGAAGUGGAGCACAUAAACAUUGAUGGACAAGAACAGCCUGGAGGUUUAUAUGUACAUCGCCCUGGCACUGGGGUUCCAAGGACAUGGGAAUCCCGGAAAGGACGAGCACGAAACCCAGACACACAGAUUCACCAAGAGGUUGACAAGCAAAAGGAAGUCCCAACACCAAAAGGGAGUGGGCAAGGGGGUCUAUUUAACGUAGGCUCCUUUUUCCGGUGGAACUCGAGGAAGGGGAGCUCCAGAAAUCUCGAUGCCAGCCCUCCUGCAACUCCGGGUUCUCAGAGCGUGACAGAGCUUGAUCCAAAGCUCCCUCAAACUCCACGUCCCAACCUGAAGGAGCUAGGCGAGAAGCGGACGUCGAUAAAGAUCGUAGUGGACGAAGAAGCAAGCCCGGCAGACAAGGUGGGAGGUGCGGAGAACUCAGGAGAAGAUGUGGCGAAGGUGAUAGAGAAAAAUGCAGGUGAACCGGGCAGGUCACUGACAAGCACAUUGAGCAGGAAGAUUUGCAGAAGGAGAGCAGAUGAUAGGCUAUCAGAUAUCCCCGAGAAGAUUGAAGCUCGUGGAUCUAAGCCGGUGAGUGAAGGGCCUAUUCUUGUUAGAGGUGAGCCAAUGAUAACAGUGGACCAUCCGACGACGGAACAUAGCGAUGGAGGUGGCACUGAGCAAGAUGCGGUGGGAGCAAAGGUUGCUACUCAGACCUCAUAAGGAUUGCGACUUAAGAUUUUCAGCUCAGGCAACAGAAGAAAUGCAAAGCCCGGCCCAGUAAACCAUCAUCGUCUUUCACGGCCCAUCAAAGAGGCAUCCGCGUUCGCACAUUGCAGUAGCUUCCCACACCCCCCUCCAGAGCCGGCACGUUCUCUAGACUAUAUUUCCUAUCUUAUUCAUUUUCUUCUAUGGGAUAAUACUCUUGUUAAUAUGAGUUAUACAUAAGCUUGUCGCUGCACAAUAAUGUAAUUUAUAGGGUCUUAUUGCUGAAGUAUCCAUCAUCAGUACAUUUAUGGAUGUAGUUUUUAGCUCUGAUCUAUAUAUCGGUUGAUAAGAUAAGAAGUUUUCUUUGAAAAGGAAAUAAUCCAGAAUAA